AUGGUUUUAAUUUCACUAGUUGCUGUUUCAUUUUCAGCCAAAGCAUGCCAAAAUACAAAUGCUGACAAGGUGUGUGCAUCAGAAGGGCAAGAGUGUGAUGAAUACUCAAUUUGUCAACUAGGAUACAAUUGUGUUCGUAAUCCAUAUGUCUCAUCGGGUAGUGGAAGUGGAUCUGGAAGUGGUUCGGGAUCUGGAAGUGGUUCAGGAUCUGGAAGUGGUUCGGGAAGUGGAUCUGGAUCUGGUUCAGGUUCAGGUUCACCCUUUAAGGAAGAAACUGCUGUAUUAGAUGACAUUGGAGGUUCAUCAUUUGAACCAAUUCCAGAAAGAAUUUGCCAAAAGAAGUAUGCAAUUGGUGAAAUAUGUUAUGGUGGUGACUGUGAAGAAGGAGCUAUUUGUUAUACCAGGCCUGGAACGGUUCCAACUUGUACCGCCAUUUUUUGGGCUAGACUUGGUGAAACUUGUAAAUAUAUGAUGGAUUGUGCACCAGGACUUGAAUGUGACCCAGCCAGUGACACUUGCGUACCCAAAUUAAAUGAUGACGACAUUAGAGAAGGAUACCAAUGUACUGGCGAUUUACAAUGUAAAUUUGGAUAUUUUUGUAAUGGAACUGAAAACAGAUGCCAAGCUCGUGUUCCAGUUGGAUCUGAUUGUACUGAUAAUGAUGACAUUUGUCAAGAAACACUUAAAUGUGUCAUGACAAACAGUAUUGACUACAAAAAGACAUGUGUUGCUCCAUUUACAUUAACUGAAGGUAAUACUUGUGAUAAUGAGAAUGAAUAUCUUGUAGGAUUCCAUGGAUUAUAUGUUUCAGCAUGUGAACCAGGUCUUUUAUGUAUUGAAAGUAUUUGUGCUAAACCAAAUUGGACAGAACCAACUUACAAUUGCUCAACUGAAGCCAAAUCAUGUGGCUAUUAUGAAGAAUGUAAAUGUGUCGGUGGAAAUAGCACUACUGGUCAAUGCGUUGCUGAAGUUCAACCAGAUUUGACUAUCGCCCAAGAGUGUGCCAGUCUCGCCAAGGAAUUCAAUGAAUGUAUCGUUGAGAAUGAAUGUCAAUUCCCAGAAUUAAAUGUCAAUGGUCCAUCUCCCAAAUCUUGCCAGAUGCGUCACUGUGGUUCCAUUACCUGUGAAAUUCAAAGCAAGUGUAUUUAUGACCCAGAGAUCUAUGUUAGAUGCACGGUACCAGACUUUGACUAUGAAGACUAUGGAAUUUGUGGAAACACCUCAUUUGCCAACACCAUCACCCCAACAACCAUGUUGUUUAUGAUUAAACAAAUAAUGUCUAAAUUUAUUCUAUUACUUGUUCUUUUAGUUGCUUGUGUAGCUUUGUCAGCUGCUCAAAGAUGUGAGCAAACUAACGGAGCUAAAUUAUGUCAAGUAGAAGGUGCCCCAUGCAACGAAUGGACAAGAUGUCAAUAUGGAUAUCAUUGUGCCCCAAACCCAUAUUAUCAGAGUGGUUCAGGAAGUGGUUCAGGUAGUGGAUCUGGUAGUGGUUCAGGUAGUGGUUCUGGAAGUGGUUCAGGCUCUGGAAGUGGUUCAGGCAGUGGUUCUGGAGGUAUUACUGCCGGCCCUUCUGCUGGCCCUUCUGGAAGUGGUUCAGCUCUCCCUUCAUUGUUGGCUGAUAUUGGAGAAGACUCUUUUGAACCAAUCCCAGCAAGAACAUGUGUCAAAGAUCUAGAACUUGGAGAACCAUGUGAUACCCCAUACGCUAGAUGUGCAGAAGGAUUAGUCUGUGGAAACGAGCCAGCAUUGGUCCCUUCUUCUUCAAACAGAACUUGCACCAUCGUUCUUUUUGCUGCUCUUGGUGAAGAUUGUCAAACCAGAUCUGACUGUUUACCCACUUUGACAUGUGACCCAUUCUCAGGCACAUGUCUACCAGAUGCUCCACCAGAAGGAUAUCAAUGUAUAGAUAGUAUCCAAUGUGCAUUUGGAUAUUGGUGUAAUGGUACUGAUCAUAGAUGCCAAAAACGUUUCGCUGUUGGAGAAGACUGCACCAAAGCAAAUUCGGCUUGUGAUGAAACCCUUCUUUGUGCCGAUCGUGACCCUUCCAAUUACAACAAAACAUGUAUUGAACCAUUCUCUCUUACUGAGGGUAAACAAUGUAACGAGUUCUCUGAGAAACUCUAUGGAGGUAGAGGAGAAUACACUGCUCAAUGCCAAGCUGGUCUUUUGUGCAUCAACGAAGUUUGCACCAAACCAGAAUUCACUGGCCCAAGCGUCAAUUGUUCGGUCAGUGGAAACAACUGUUUGGCCGAAUUUGAACAAUGUACAUGUGUUGCUGGAAACACCACCGACGGACAAUGUGUAACUCAUUUCCAAAAAGACCUCGACAUUUGGACCCAAUGUGCCACUCUUUCAGGUGAACUCGACAAGUGUAUCAUUGAGAAUCAAUGUCAAUUCCCAUUCAUUCAAGUUUCAGAAAAGUCCUGUGUUAUGAAACAUUGUCGUGAACAUAUUUGCUCUAUUCAAGGCCAAUGUGCCUAUUGGAAGCCAAUCAACAAUCCAUGUAUUGUUCCAGACUUUGACUAUGGCUCCUUUGGUAUUUGUGCUAGAAGUGCUGCCAACUCUAUUACCACUCCAACCAUCUCAUCCAUGAUUGUUGUUUCCAUCAUUGCAUUGUUUGGUUUAUUAUUCUAA